AGGUCCCAGUGACCUGGCAACCUGUAUGAAGAUUGAAGAAGUCUCUCUUGCUCCUCAUUUGGGUUUCAUUUUACCCGGGAAAGAAGGUGAGUGGCUACAAAGUCCGUUGAUUCCACGCCUUCCUCGCUCUCUCUCUCCUCCCACACCAAUACCCAAAUUCAAUGAAGUUCGCCCAAGCUACAAUUCUUGAGAGAGAGAGAGAGGCACACACCCACACACACAAAGAAACAGAGGACCGCAUCGAUAAAUUCAACGUAUUAAACGGUCGUCGUUUCCUGUGGUGUGGUGUGAGAAAAAAAAACCCAUUCAGGAGGCUACCCCCCACCUCCUCCUCCACCACCACCACUUAACCAAAACAACACAAGCAUCAGAACAGAAAAAGAACAGCAAAAGCAAUUCUUUUUCCAACAUUAGAACAGAAAAGGAAAAGAAAACCAUUGCUUUUCUUGUUUUUCUCGAAGGAGCCUGAUCUGGUGCCCUUUGAUUUUUGUUUAUUAUGUAAAAUCUGAUCUGGGUUUUUGAUUUUAUGUUUGCUCGGAGGAUUUAGCUCUCGGUGUGUGUUGUCGAAGGAUUAUCUUUGACAAAUACCGGGAGGUUCUGAUUUUGAUUUGUUUUGGGUGUGUUUUGCGGAAGUGUUUUUCUUGUGAUACUUUGAAAUGUGGAGGGACCCUGGAAUUCCUACUGAUUCUUUCUAUCAGGUUCGGCCGGAAUGCACCGACGUUCCGAAAACCAAAUUCAAAAUCAAGGCUGGAAAAACUUUAAGUGUGCGAAAAUGGCAGGCUGCCUUUAGUCCAGAAGGUUAUCUCGACAUAGGCAGGACUCUUAGUCGAAUCCACCGUGGGGGGGUCCAUCCAACAAUUAGAGGAGAAGUUUGGGAAUUUCUUCUUGGUUGUUUUGAUCCAAAGAGCACAUCUGCUGAACGAGAGGAAAUACGGCAAAGUCGAAGGGCACAGUAUGCUGUGCUGAAAGAAGAGUGCCGCCAAUUGUUUCCCAUUGUUGGGAGUGGUAGGUAUAUUACUGCACCCACUAUCACUGAAGAUGGUGUACCUAUUCAAGAUCCCUUAGUGCUUCUGGAAGCAAAUCCAGACAAGGGACCAGUCUCACUUCCUCAAGAAAAUGGUAAUUCUGAAAACUUCAAGUCUGCAUCUGGCAAUUCAUCAGAUGUUGAUGCCUUAAAUUUUGUAAAUACAGGGACAUCCCACAGUUCAGCAAUAGCGAAAGAGGAGGACAAGCAAGUAAUCCAAUGGAAGCUUACACUGCAUCAGAUAGGUCUCGAUGUGGUUCGCACUGAUAGGACACUAGUUUUUUAUGAGAAGCAAGAAAAUUUGUCGAAGCUUUGGGACAUUCUCGCCGUCUAUGCCUGGUUUGAUAAGGAUGUUGGGUACUGUCAAGGAAUGAGUGAUCUCUGCUCCCCUAUGAUAAUUCUUCUUGAUGAUGAAGCAGAUGCGUUUUGGUGCUUUGAACAUUUGAUGCGUAAACUGCGGGGAAAUUUCAGAUGCACCGAGACCUCUGUUGGGGUGGAGACACAACUGUGUAAUUUGGCGUCAAUCACUCAAGUGAUUGAUCCAAAGCUUCAUCAGCAUUUAGAGACUCUAGGUGGAGGUGACUAUUUAUUUGCUUUCCGAAUGCUUAUGGUUUUGUUUCGUCGAGAAUUCUCUUUUGGUGAUUCCUUGUACCUUUGGGAGAUGAUGUGGGCUCUGGAAUAUGACCCGGACUUGUUCUCCUUGUACGAGGACCCUGAAUCAGUUAACGAAAAAGUUGAUGGAUCCAAAGGAAAAGCUAAGUCGAUACGUCAAUAUGGGAAGUACGAGAGAGAAAACUUGACUUUGGGAGCAAAAAGUGCUGAAGCCCAACUCCCCAUUUCUGUUUUCCUUGUUGCCAGUGUCUUGAAAGAUAAAAGCGCCAAGUUGUUGACUGAGGCCCGGGGAUUGGAUGAUGUCGUUAAGAUAUUGAACGACAUAACUGGAAAUCUGGAUGCCAGAAAAGCAUGCACCGGGGCGAUGAAACUUCACAAGAAGUAUCUUAAAAAGGCCAAGAAGACUUGACAUUGGCCUACACUUGGCUUCCAAAUGAAGUAUGUAAUCAUUUGGCAUAGUCAAGCGUGACGUUUUUGGACAGUUUCGAAUGCAGUUGGAAAGAGAAAAUCCUAUGCGUUGUUACAAAUCGGCUCAGAUUUCACAGAUAUGUACACUCCCAAACCAGUAAAAACAUGCUGGUGGGAGCAUUUGUUGUAUGUAAAAACCAAUCCUCACCUCUUGUAUAACAGUUUUCGGAAGGCAUUAUGUGAAUAUAUUUUGUAUCAUAACCUGUUGUAAUUGUUAUGAAAUAUGAGGCGAACUUUUGUUUUUUGAGGUGU